AUUUUAUUAGCCAAAGCAUGCACAGUAAAAGUUCUUAAAGAUGGUUUUUAUAUUAUAAUGGGAUAAUGAGCUUCUUAAAAAAAGAGCCAAGUUACUCUAGAGUUCCUUUACUUACUGGUGAUGAAGAAGAUAGUGAGGAAGAACUCUUUGAAAGAGUCAAAAAAGGACCGCUACGAAAAGACAAUGCAAUUGCUAAAGUCAAACAAGAGCUACAAAGCACAGUGAAUUUAAUGAAAAAUAAUUUGCAUAAAGUCAUUGAUCGUGGUGAAAAACUUGAAGAUUUAGAAGCCAAAUCUGAAACUUUUGAAAUGAAUGCAAGUGAAUUUAAAUCGCGCUCUACUAAACUUAGAAAAAAGAUGUGGUGGCAACAAUGCAAGUUAAAACUAGUUUUUGGGCUUAUCAUCACUGGUGUUCUUACUGUUGUGAUAGUGUCUUUGGUACUGAAGAAUAAAAAGUCGCAAUAGAAGGUAUGCCAACAAUAUAUUUUUGGAGCUUUAGAAAAAUUGGUUUUUUGAAGACGUACAUUUUCAUCAGAUAUUUGGCUCUUUUUUCAAAUAUUAUAAAUAUUUGUUUAUAAAGUAUUUUAAAUUUAUUUUAUGUAUUAUGAAUUUUUUCGACAAAUAUAUGAUAAUGAUAGGAAUCAUAGAAAUUAA